AUGUCCAAAUCCCUCCAUGAUUCUUCCUUCUCUUUCUCUAGGCGCUUCAAUGAAGAAAUCUUAUCUUACAGUUUAUCCUCGCGUUUCAGUAAACAGAGCAAGGAAGAAGAGAAGAAGAAACCUUCCUCCUCAUCCUCAUCCAGCCGUUCGAUUUCCAAGCUCCGAACUAUUCUAACGCUCCGAACUAUUCUAACACUCCUCACCCGGAUUCGCCCAACUCCCCGCCGGUCUCGCCUCGGCGUCCGGGUCGUCGGUACGCUAUUCGGGUACCGACGAGGCCAUGUCCAUUUCGCAUUACAAGAAGACCCAAAACAGAAUCCAACGUUAUUAAUCGAGCUCUCGACGCCGACCAGCGUUCUGGUUGGAGAGAUGGCAUCUGGGUUGGUCCGGAUGGCGCUGGAAUGCGAGAAGAAAACAGAGAGGAAGAGAAACUGGAAGUUGCUGGAAGAGCCCCUGUGGCGAGCGUAUUGUAACGGGAAGAAAUGUGGGUAUGCGAGUAGAAGAGAAUGUGGGGCAGAGGAGCAGAAGAUUCUGAAGGCAGUGGAGCCGAUCACGAUGGGGGCUGGGGUUUUGCCGGCGGCGGCAAAUGGGUCCGACAAGGAAUUGAUGUAUAUGAGGGCGAGGUUCGAGCGGGUGAUCGGAUCAAAGGAUUCAGAAGCUUAUUACAUGAUGAGCCCUGAUUGUAACGGAGGGCCUGAACUCAGCAUAUACCUGCUUAGGGUGUAA